AUGGCGAUCUGUAUUUUCUACGCACGGAUGCUUGCAUCGGAAGCGUGUACAGAAGACCUGACGAUGCAAGCUAGGAAGAUUAAGUACGACGUCAUCGGACUGACCGAGACGAGAAGGCAUCGCGCGCUGCACGCUGUUUUUGAGACUGGAGAAGAACUGCUCCUUGGAACAUGUGACAGCAGAGGCGUCGGCGGCGUAGGUGUCUUCGUCAAUACGCACUUGGCCAUGAACUUCGAUUCGUAUGAAAGCUUAACAACCCGAAUCGGACGUUUGCGAUUAAGAAGAGGUGGCUCAACCCCAGCUCCAACCAUAUUCGGUGCUUACGCACCAACAUCGAGCUACGAAGAAGAAGAGUUGGAAGCGUUUUUCAUGGAUUUGGAGAGGCUCUACAGAGAAGACCACACUUCCUUCAAGGGCAUCGUCGGUGAUUUUAACGCCAAGAUUGGACCCAGAAGAACGGCUGAAGAGCUUCAUAUCGGGACUCACAAUAUAUGUAAUAUAUCAUGUCGACCCACACCAUCCAUGGUACUCGCAGUUCCAGAAGCCCUCUCAUUUGAGAUGGACAUGAGAGUCACCUGA